AGUCUUUCAAAUGUGACACAUGUGGAAAAGAUUUUAAGAAUAAGUCUCACCUUUAUACACACCUGAGAGUCCACACAGGGGAGAAGCCAUAUUCUUGCACGACCUGCGGGAAAAGAUACUUUGACAUGUCCACAUUGAAAAGGCAUGUGAGAAUACACACAGGAGAGAAGCCAUAUACUUGCAAAACAUGUGGGAGAGCUUUCAGACAGAGUGGUGACUUGAAAGUCCACAUGGGAACCCACACUGGUGAGAAGCCGUACCUUUGCAAGACCUGUGGGAAAAGAUUUGGUUACAUGUCAGUACUGAAAAAUCAUUUAAGAACCCACACUGGCGAGAAGCCGUACCUUUGCAAGAUCUGCGGUAAAAGAUUCAUUCACAUGUCAGUACUGAAAAAUCAUAUGACAAUCCAUACAGGUGAGAAGCCAUAUUCGUGCAAUACAUGUGGGAAAGCUUUCAGAUUUAGUGGUGAGUUAGCGAUCCACAUGAGAAUCCACACUGGUGAGAAGCCUUACCUUUGCAUGACCUGCGGGAAAAGAUUCAUUGAAAAUUCACAAUUGACAAAGCAUAUGAGAAUUCACACAGUUGAGAAGCCACGAUAACUUGUAAUGUAGUAGUACAUUGUCAACAGUGGCAAGUUUUGUUGAACUAACCUUGAUUUCUUUCUUUGCUUUUUGCAAUCUUUUUUGCACAGUGAGUUUAUAGUUCCUACUAAAUGUUUGACCUGUUAAAUUUAUUUUAUUUUUUGUUGGGUCACUUAUGUAGUCAUCCUGCCAACUAGAGUCUUUUCUUUUUUCCUGCAACACGUUAUAUAAUUUUAUAUUUUUAUGUAUGAUUUCUGAUUGCAUCAACUUGAUAAUUUUAAUUGUUUCAGGUUUUAGAGGUGACACACAAAUACAAAUUGUAGAUGAUCAGCCUAAGCUGUAGAAAUGAAUACAGUAAUCAGUGCCCAAAGGAAUGUGGGCAACAAAAUGCUGUUUUAUGACCUCAUGUAUCUGAAAGAUUUGUAAGGUGAUGAUGUAAGAAUAUCAGAUUCACACUGACGUCUAAAGCUAUAAGCAAAUUCUGUUCCUCGAGGCUGCAGAUGGGUGUGAUGACAUCAAAAGUAAAAGUAGUCAUAACUCUUUUCAGAGUGUUAAAUUAUAACAUGCAAGAGGUGUUUUAAUGUUUUUUGGUAGUUUGAUCAGUGGAAGUGUCUCAUAUUGAACAAGCAUGUAUGCAGAGGUGGAAUGUAAUUACAUGUAGUACUCAAGUACUGUACCUAUGUACAACAUUGAUGGUCCUCAAAUGGCCAAGACUGCAUGUAAAUUCCACAAAGAUAUGAAAUCUUGAACACUUACCAUAAAACAGUAUAGUUUUGAGGUAUUUGUUCUUUGAUUACUUUCAUUUUAUGUUACAUAUAAGUCUACUUUACUACAUUUCAUAGGCAAAUGCACUUUUUAGGCCACUACAUUUACUUGACGGCUAUAGUUCCUUUGCUAAUUAAGAUUUUGCAUACAAAAACUUACCGUUAGCUUAUUAAAUACGAUGUCUUGUUAAACUAUCAAUCAGUAUGUGAACUACAUAAAAAAAUGAAGUGGCUCCACCUCGACUAAAUGCCAUUUACACAUCA